AUGCGUCGCCUCAUUACCCGUGGCGUCGGCGCCGGAACCCGCACGUCGGCUUCCAUCCCGUUGCUCUCCUCCCGCGCUCCCAUCUUCUCGUCCUCCAUCGCCACCCGCCAGAUUCAUGCCACCGCCCUGAGGUCGUCGGCGGCGCUGGCCUCCACGGCCACCAGCUACCCGACCACCCACGAGAAGAUCGCGGCCGUUGAGGACACGCCGUACUUCAUCAACAACAAGUUCGUCAACUCCACCACGGACAAGUUCAUCGACCUGCACGACCCGGCCACCAACAACCUCGUCACCCGCGUGCCCCAGAUGACCGAUGCCGAGAUGAAGGCCGCCGUGGCUAGCGCUGAGAAGGCUUACCAGUCGUGGCGCAACACCACCGUCCUGUCUCGCCAGCAGAUCAUGUUCCGCUUCGUCCAGCUCAUCCGCGAGAACUGGGACCGCCUGGCUGCCAGCAUCACCCUGGAGCAGGGCAAGACCUUUGCCGAUGCCCGCGGUGAUGUCCUGCGCGGUCUGCAGGUCGCCGAGGCUGCUGUUGGGGCCCCCGAGCUCCUCAAGGGCGAGGUCCUCGAGGUGUCCAAGGACAUGGAGACCCGCACCUACCGCGAGCCAUUGGGUGUUGUUGCCGCCAUCUGCCCCUUCAACUUCCCCGCCAUGAUUCCUCUGUGGUGUAUCCCCAUUGCCACCAUAACCGGCAACACCCUGAUCCUUAAGCCUUCCGAGCGUGACCCUGGUGCCGCCAUGAUCCUCGCCGAGCUGGUCCAGAAGGCCGGCUUCCCCGACGGCGUCGUCAACAUUAUCCACGGCGCCCAUAAAGCCGUUGACUUCAUCCUCGACGAGCCUGCCAUCAAGGCUAUUAGCUUCGUUGGUGGCAACAAGGCUGGCGAGUAUAUCUUCAGCCGCGGUUCUGCCAACGGCAAGCGAGUCCAGGCCAACCUGGGAGCCAAGAACCACGCUGCCGUCCUCCCCGAUGCCAACAAGAACCACUUCAUCAACAGCGUCGUCGGCGCUGCCUUUGGUGCUGCCGGCCAGCGCUGCAUGGCCCUGAGCACCCUAGUCAUGGUUGGCGAGACUAAGGAGUGGCUCUCCGAGGUUGCAGAGCGAGCCAAGGCACUCAAUGUUGAUGGCGGUUUCGAGGAGGGUGCUGAUCUCGGCCCCGUCAUCUCACCCCAGAGCAAGGAGCGCAUCGAGAGCCUCAUCGCCACUGCUGAGAAGGAGGGCGCGACUAUUCUCCUCGACGGCCGUGGCUUCACCCCCAGCAAGUACCCCAACGGUAACUGGGUUGGCCCUACCAUCAUCUCCAACGUCACUCCCGAGAUGACUUGCUACAAGGAGGAGGUCUUUGGCCCCGUCCUCGUCUGCCUCAAUGCCGAGACUCUCGACGACGCAGUUGACCUCAUCAACAAGAACGAGUACGGUAACGGAACCGCAAUCUUCACCAAGUCUGGCGCCACGGCCGAGACGUUCCGCAAGAACAUCGAGGCCGGCCAGGUUGGUAUCAACGUCCCCAUCCCCGUGCCACUGCCCAUGUUCUCCUUCACCGGCAACAAGAAGAGUAUCGCCGGUGGCGGUGCCAGCACCUUCUACGGCAAGCCCGGUAUCAAUUUCUACACACAGCUGAAGACGGUGACGGCCCACUGGCAGAGCGCCGACGCCGUGGCCAAGAAGGCCUCUGUGGCCAUGCCCACGAUGCAAUAA